CUUACACUAACCCGUUUCUCACUUUGUGUGGGAGUUCUAAUUUCACAUUUGGGCAUUUGUGAAGCGUGUGAUAUUUACCUCACUAAAAAAUAUACGGAAAAAAAUAAAAUAAAAUAAAAUAUUCAAAAUAGAAGCUUCAAAGUUGACUCCUGAUAUGUGUUACGAAGUACCGAUUUGUCCAAGAAAAACAAUUGUUCAAAAUUUAUUUAUUUAUUGUUCUUUUUCUCCAGACCACGGCUUGUAUUCGGUAUAUAAGUCAGCUCAUCGAUUUCUCAGUAGAGACAAUGGCAUUGGCGAACCUCCCACCGCCGUCGCCAACUACCACUGCCAUCGUCACCGCCAAUCACCACUUGCGCCGCCUCACUGAGAUUUCUGCACUUUGGUCUACCACAUGUCAGCUGAGCAGUCAGUCACAUAAAUUGAUACCCACUUCGUUUUGACAACAAAAAGGAAGAUUUCUAAAGUAGCCUCACCACCCAAAUGAUUGUUGAAACAGUGUUGAAACUAACAUCAUUGUUGAAACAGUCUCUAACUUUCAACCAAGCAAAGCAAAUCCAUGGACUACUACUCAUCAAUGGCCUUAAACAUCUUGAACCCAUAUUAGUCCGUCAAAUCCUCAUCUCCUCAAGUAAUUACUCUCACAGUGUCUCUCAGUAUGCCCAACUAAUCCUCCGUCAUAUGCAAGACCCAGAUGUUUUUUCUGGGUCAUGCACUAUUCGAUUCCUUUCUCAACAUGGUCAGUUCAGAGAGGCUUUUGCUCUGUAUGUGCAAAUGCAGAGUUGGGGACCGGGUCCUAGCACAUUUGCUGUCUCUUCUGCUCUCAAGGCAUGUGCCAGGAUUGUAUACAAGAUGGGUGGGAUUUCAAUUCAUGCUCAAGUUCACAAAUUUGGAUUUUGUGGGGUUGUUUAUGUGCAGACAGCUCUUGUCGAUUUCUACUCGAAACUGGGGAAUAUGGAUAUUGCACGGAAGGUGUUUGAUGAAAUGGUUGGGAAAAAUGUGGUUUCGUGGAAUUCAAUAAUGUCCGGGUACGUGAAAUCUGGGGAUUUGGCUAUGGCUCACAGUGUGUUUGAUGAGAUGCCGGAGAAGGAUGUUAUUUCGUGGAAUUCAAUGGUGUCAGGGUAUGGGAGAGCAGGGGAUAUGGACCAGGCAUUCCUUUUGUUCCGGCAGAUGCCUGAGAGAAAUCCGGCUUCCUGGAAUGCAAUGAUUAGUGGGUAUGUAGAUUGUGGGAAGAUAGAAUUAGCUCGUAGUUUUUUCGAUGCAAUGCCUCAGAGAAAUAAUGUUUCUCAGAUUACAAUGAUUUCUGGUUACUCAAAAUGCGGGGAUGUUGAGUCUGCUCAUGAGCUCUUUGAUCAGAUGGGUCACAAAGAUCUGCUCCUGUAUAAUGCCAUGAUAGCUUGCUUUUCUCAAAAUAGCCAACCAAAGGAGGCCCUUCAACUAUUCAAUGAGAUGCUCCAUAAUAUUCAGCCAGAUAAAAUGACGUUGGCUAGUGUUAUAUCCGCUUGUUCUCAAUUAGGAGAUUUGAGAUUGGGGUCUUGGAUUGAAUCAUAUAUGAAUCAGCGAGGAAUUGGAAUGGAUGAUCAUUUGGCUACUGCUUUUAUUGACUUCUAUUCUAAGUGUGGAAGCAUUGAUAAAGCAUAUGAGCUUUUUCAUGGCUUGAAAAAGAAAGAUUUGGUUGCUUAUACUGCAAUGAUUUUGGGGUGUGGCAUAAAUGGUAAGGCAAAUAAUGCCAUCAAAUUGUUUGAGGACAUGAUGGUUUCCCAAAUAUAUCCAAAUUUAGUUACAUUCCUGGGGAUACUGACUGCUUAUAACCAUGUUGGUUUGGUUGAAGAAGGCUACCAGUGCUUUAAUUCAAUGACGAACCAUGGACUUGUGCCUACAGCUGAUCAUUAUGGAAUCAUGGUUGAUAUGUUAGGCAGAGCAGGACGGUUGGAAGAAGCAUACGAAUUAAUAAAGAGUAUGCCCAUGAAGCCUCACGCUGGUGUUUGGGGAGCAUUGCUUCUCUCUUGCAAUUUGCAUAAAAAUGUUGAGCUGGGAGAGAUUGCAGCUAAGCAUUGCUUUGAAUUGGAGCCUGAUACAAUGGGUUAUUAUUCUCUUCUUGCCAAUAUUUAUGCCUCUGUUGGGAGGUGGGAUGAUGCCAAGAGUUUGAGAAAGGUUGUGCAGGAAAAAGGAUUGGCCAAGAUACCUGGUUGUAGUUGGAUGGAACAAAGUUGACACAUAGACGAAAUUAGGCAUAUACUGAAAGCUCUAAGGCCAUGUACUACAUAAGUUGAUUGAAUUACAACUUCAUACAUCUGACCUUUAUGGGGGCAAGUUCUGUUCUUUUCUUUCCCUCCCCCCAUUUGCCUCAGAGCAGUUUUCAUGAUUAAGUUCAGGUUGAAUAUGCCCUUUCGCCUGUCAAAUAAGCCCAUGGUGAAGAGAUGGAGGUUAAAGGUUUGUGGGAGGAUGCGAUUUUUCUUCCUUUUCUAUUGUGGUCAAAUAACAGGACCGUACCAGAUGAGCAGCUCAAGGUUAGUUGUCACAUCUGUUCUCAUCUUAUGCUACUCAUGCUAAUGAAGCUUUUUCACUACAAGAAAAGGUAACAAGUAACAGUGGCAGUCAUAUGAUGGUGGUCACUGUGAGUGCUGGCAUUGCUUAAUUAUCUCGCAGUCAUACAUGAACGCCAGCUUUUUGGAAAUUGUAGCCGUGAUUUUGCAGGAUGUGCCACAUUAACCAUUCAAAAUUUCGACUGCCUAAACUGUGAUUUAACCCGCUGCUCACUACCACCAGUGAAGAGUUGGGGAUGGUAAAUUUGCAACACCUUUUCCUAGGGUAGCCCACUCCAUUUUUUUCCCAUCAACAGCGUUCUUUUGUGUUGUUUCGCUCCAGAGACCAAUUUUCUUCCCGUUAGGCCCAUUAUUUUUCCCAAUUGCUAGCAGAAAUUGCUGCAAUUUCAAAGUCGUGCCAUGGCUAACUGAAAGUACCUUCAUUGGUGAGCAAGCUUCUUGACUAACAUCAUUGCUCCAGAAGUAGCAUUUAUUGAUCAAUUGGAUCUCUCACCAAUGUAAACAAGCUCUACCUUGCUAGCUCUGUAUAUUUUAUCUGGCGUGAGCAUAAGGAUAGAAUUUGCAGGGGCACUGUUCACAUCCUUUGACGAUUUUCAACUCUGACUUCAUUCUGUUGAGAGCAAGGCCGCUGUCCGUGCACUUCAAGAACUGCAGAGGAGCCCAUUGGACGAGUACUGCUACUUGGAAUCUACAUUCAUUUGUUAUUCAAAAUCCCUAAUUUCUCCUUGUUAGGUUUCAUAUUCAUUUGGUUGGUUAUUCUUGUAACGACUUUUUGAAUGUGUUUUUGGGCCUUGGGCCCCGUCUGCGGGUUGAUGCUUGUUCUUGUGCUAUUGUAGCCUGGGGUUUUUCUUGCAGGGCCUGAGCCCAACUCCUCCUCUUUCCUGUCUAUGAAUAUUUUUUUUAAAAAAAACAUAAUACAUUCUCUAUCCAUAGCUGUAUUAUUAACUAGCUAUGUACUUUAACAAGGCACAAAGUUUCCAUGUAAAACCUUUAUACUUGUAAUUGAUCCCAAGAAAAAAAGAUGGUGUUACA